UUGGACAUUUGAAUUCCCAAUUUUGGUUCUUUGGUUUCUGAUACCCCUGAAUUUUAAGUAAAUCCCAUUUGGAUUUGUCAACUUAUUAUGAAUAUAUUGGGUUUUUUUUUUUAAAUAUUUAUAUAUACAUAGUUUAAAAAAAAAUGGUAAAGAUGAAUGAUGUUGUCUGUGCAGCAGCAGUACACCCUCAUGGCCUCAUCUUCUCUGCAUCAUUGACUGGGUUUUUUUUUUGGGUCUCUGAGAUUCUUCUUUGAAACUGAGUUUUAGAUGGGUAUUUUUCUCAGUACAUAAAAAAGGUUCCCUUUUCUGGAAAUGGGAUCUGCUUUUUCACCUUAUCAUAAAUAAUAAUAAUAGUAAUAAUAAUAAUAACAAUAACAAUAAUAAUUGGUUGUUUGUUAUCAGAUCCUUCUGUAAAAAAGUGGAACCCAUGGAAGUCAUGAUUUCUGCUAAAUACUCUUGUCUCAUAUGCACAAAAACGCCUUAAACAAAUCCAAGGAUUCUCAUGUUUUAUCUGGGGUUUUGGACUGGUUCUGAUUUGAUAGAAUUCUGACUCCCCCAGAAAGAGAGGAGUAAUACAUAGGAAGAAUGGAGGGUGACACAUUUUCAGGACUUGGCAAUGGUACCCAGAUUGAUGGCAAGAUCUUACAGACAUUUCAGAAGAACUUUGUUCAGGUUCAAAACAUCUUGGAUCAAAAUAGGCUGCUCAUCAAUGAGAUAAACCAGAACCAUGAAUCUAAGAUCCCUGACAACCUAAGCAGAAAUGUGGGUCUGAUUAGGGAGCUCAACAAUAAUAUCAGGAGAGUGGUUGACCUUUAUGCUGAUCUUUCCAGCUCCUUCACCAAAUCCAUGGAAGGUUCCUCCGAGGGGGAUUCUAGUGGGGCUUUGAAAUCUGAUGGCAAAGCUGGUCACAAGAGAAAUAGGCCUGCGUAGAAAGAAAGUCAUGUUUUCUUUUCUUCAUUCUUUGCAUGGCGAGGAAAGAAGAAUUUCUCAAUUGCCUCGAGGUAGUAGAACAUGAUUAUUAGAUUUUGUAACUUUUUUUUUUGUAUCGCUGAACUGUUUCUAUCUGUAUCCACUUCUUCUUUCUUGUCCUUGCAUUUCUUCUUACAGAAAUAAUUGGCCAAAAUUUCUGUCCAAUUGUAACUGUGUAGCCGCUGAUCUAAUUGAAAUCAAGCAUGUUUGUGCUAUCUAA